UUCAAGUCUACACUUGUAUCCACAGCUGUAUCAUGUGUGGUUAUGGUCAGAUGCUAUAGCUAAUCAUAGACCGCGAAGUCAGCUGAGAAAUAUGGAUUUCCAAGCUUCUGACAAGUCUAAGCUUUCGAAGAGAGUGGAAAGUUCAGAUAGAAAUCCGAACACCGCAGCGAGCAUACCUGAUACCAGGUUUCAUACUCUUCUGACGUGGCUCCCACACCUUAUGGCAGUUCUUGUCUAACUUCGGUCCCGAAGAGGGUCCGUAAGUACGUUCAUACGGCGAUAUAUACUUCUCGAUCGGUCGCGCAUUGCUUUUACUUUUGAGAUCUACGUUUUUCGACCUUUUGUCACUCCCUAUCUCUCCUUUUUUCUUAAUCUGAAGCCGUAGAUCGGUGUUUAUAAUUUAUUGCUGAGCAAUAUCUAUCCGUUGAUCGGUUACCUUCAUUCAGACACCUUCCAUUUAGUGUUUGAUCACGCGGCCAUGAAGUUCUUAUUUUCUUCGAUCAUUCUGGCAGCAACGAGUAGCGCGCUUCCAAAUGUUCUUACCACUCUGGAGACAACUGGUGGCCUAGUACGUAUGUAUAAUAGACCGGAACCUCGCAGUUUCCAGUCGCUCACGAUCACAGUUCCUCGAGCAAACCAACUCAUCCCCGUAGUCGUUGGCGGACCACAGGACACUUUCUCCCCAAACUCUGUUGUUGCCGCCGUGGGAGACGUUAUACAAUUCCAAUUCAGUAAUGGCAAUCAUACUGCGACACAAAGCACGCCGGAAGCACCCUGCACGCCUCUAGAAGGCGGCAUGAAUAGUGGUCACAUCCCAUUUCAAGACGGUCAAACAGAUGUGGGAACUUAUAACAUGCCAGUAGCAAGUUUAGCCCCGAUGUUUAUAUUUUGUGCGACCGGCCCACACUGUCAAGAAGGGCAAGUUAUGGUCAUCAAUCCUGCCAAUGCCCAGCAAGUUGUCGAUUUUGUCAAAGCAGCACAAGGCACCACCAAAAGCGUAGACAGCCCAACAAUAGCCGGAGGUAUUGCAGGCAAAAUUACCCUUGGAACAGCAGCUUUCGUCCCUGCACCGGCAAUCGCUGAUGCUCCAGGUGGUCCAGCCGCCCCAGCACCAGCUGCUCCCGCUGCUUCAUCCGCUGCGCCAGCCGCACCAGUAGUGGCGCCUGCUGCCUGAUUACGAGGAAUUCAGUAGUAAGAAGGCUCUGAGACAAGCGGGAGGAUAUGAGAUUGCUAUACCCCAUACGGGAGUCUUGGUAUGAGAUGUCGAUCUAUAAAUGGAGUGUGGAGGUCUUUCACUGGACAGGUCAGUGCUUUGGAAGUGGCGAUACCUCAUUCCACAAAAGUGUAUAAAUAUUUUGUACGAGAUACUUGUAUAUAAUGGCAUUCUAUGUACCA